GAUAACACGUAACGUGUUACACGUUGUAUGUGAUGUGUGAUAUUUUGUACUUCAUUUAAUAUCGUAACUGAUAUUAAGAUUUUUAAUUUCUAUUCACGGAUGUUAAAACUAUACCGAUAACAAUACGUGAGCUAGUUAUAUUUUAAUCAGCCUUUACGAUAUUGUAAUAAUGAUCACGAUGACAAAGGAUAACAAACGUAAUCGCAUGAACAAAUGGAUUUCAAAAAUUUUACUUGGCGUGUUUUUCUUGCUUAUAUUUUUGAACUUUCCGGCUCUUUGUCAAGCACACGAACACGACGAGUCGCCAAGUUUUAAAUACUCCAAGGAAGUUAAUGAAGCAUAUCGAAAAGAACAAUAUGACAAGUACCUUCAACAUCAACACAUACACGAGCACGAUGAUCACAAUCAUCAACAGAAAUCGAUUCCAUCUGAUGAGACACGCAAGGAAGUGUUUCUUAAAGCUGCUACAUCAACUUUACUUAUAUCGGCAGCCCCGUUUCUUAUUUUAUUCUUUGUUCCUUUGGACAACACAAAGGAACGCGAGCCGCUACUAAAGAUAUUGUUGAGCUUUGCAUCUGGUGGCUUAUUGGGAGAUGCAUUUUUGCAUUUAAUCCCUCAUGCUUUAGUUCCUCAUUCGCAUGACUCUUCCAGCCAUCACGAAGAAUCUAAACAUGAAGAAUCUAAUCAUACAGAUAAUAUGACUGUAGGUUUAUGUGUACUUAUAGGUAUAAUUGUGUUUUUAAUUGUUGAGAAAGCAGUACGAAUCAUAAAAACUGAUCAUAGUCACUUGCAUGUGCAUAGCGUUCCAGAAAAUGUGUCUAAGGAAAAUAAAAAUAAGAAAUCGCAAAAAAGUUCUGAUAAAUCUGUAGACCUUCCAAACGAAAUUCAUAUUUCUGGUUUUUUAAACCUGGUCGCAGACUUUUUACAUAACUUUACAGAUGGUCUUGCUAUUGGAGCCAGUUAUUUGGCUGGCAACAAUAUUGGCUAUAUCACUACUUUCACAAUUCUAUUACACGAAAUACCCCACGAAAUAGGAGACUUCGCUAUUUUAAUACAAAGUGGCUAUAGUAAAAGAAAGGCUAUGGUAUUUCAACUCAUUACUGCAUUAGGUGCUCUGUUAGGAACCUGUGUAUCAUUAAUUGUGGAAGGCAUGGGUGAUUUUGCAACUAUGUGGAUUCUUCCAUUCACAGCUGGUGGAUUUAUCUAUAUAGCAACAGUUUCUGUAAUACCAGAACUUUUAACUGAUACUAAAUUUGGGCAAUCUGUGAAAGAAAUCAUUGCGCUUCUUGUAGGUGUAUAUAUGAUGGUGCUUAUAGCAGAACAUCAUUAGAAUUGUAUCAUACUUCUUUUUUUUACCAAUACUGUAUAUUAUAAUCAUUUAAUAAGAAUUUAUCUUGACUGAUAUAACAAAAACUAAAAUUAUAAUUUGUAUUUAUACAAAAUUUUGUGUUCCUCUAUAAAUGAUAUUAGUGUAUAAAAUUAAUACCAGUGAAAAGUGUUAUUACAUACGUUCAUUACAAAUAUUAAUAUACAAAAUCAAAUACAGAAAAUGAAGUUCGGAAGUUAUUGACUGUUGCCAAAAUAUUGUCGAGACUCGUGCAUUUAAGGUGAUACUAGAGAAAUAGUUGCUUCCGUUUUGGCAUUCAGAGUAAAACUAUUAAAGAAAUUAAAACAUUCUUUGCAAAUGUACUCAUACUAUGAAAUGAUAUUUUCGAUAUUACAAUUGCUUAACUUUGUAUAUUAAUUAUUGAAUGUAUGUAAUUGCUGUAAAUUAAA